AGGGUGGGAAAUUGAACUUUAGGUAAUUGGACCUUCUGAAAGAAUUCAUGAGGAGCGCAGACGCAAUUUAUAAAGAGUUUGGACUUGGACAGAAGCGCGUUGACUAUUCGACGGAAACUUAUAGUCAAUUUUUUGAUCUCAAUGUAACACGACAGAAUUUUAAUACGCGUUAUAAAUCGUUUGCAUAAAAUUGUGAUUUUUUUUCUCUCUCUCUCUUCUUUUUUUUUCUUUUCUUUUCAAUCAAUAAAAUUAAAUUCUAUGUAUUUGAAUACAACUCGUCAAAUUAUGAAGUGUUUUUUAACAGUCGUUUUUCUCGUUAGUCUUCUUAUCCCACACAACAAGGCUACCACUUUUACAAUCACAGAUAAGGUUUAUUUCGACAUAAUGAUCGAUGAUCAUCCUGCCGGAAGAAUCGUUAUAGGAUUAUUCGGUGAUGUUGCUCCAAAAACAGUGAAGAAUUUUCUUACGAUAGCUACGACCGGUAUUAAUGGAAAAACUUACGCUGGUACAACCUUUCAUCGUAUUAUUAAGAAAUUUAUGAUUCAAGGUGGUGACAUUGAAAACGGUGAUGGUACAGGAUCGAUCAGCAUUUAUGGACAAUAUUUCGACGAUGAGAAUUUUGAUUUACCACAUGCCGGACCAUUUUUCCUCAGUAUGGCAAAUGCUGGUGAAAAUACUAAUGGUUGUCAAUUUUUUAUUACAACCAUAGCAACACCUUGGUUAGACGGAAAGCAUACUGUUUUUGGAAAGGUAAUCGAAGGACAAAGUGUAGUUUUCAAAAUCGAACAAACAAAGACAGAUGUCAAUGAUAGGCCGAUCAAACCAAUAGUUAUAUCUGAAAGUGGAAUAAUUCCGGUGACGUCGCCAUACACCGUAUCGGAUGACCCAUACAAUAUCUGGGAAUGGAUCAAAGCGACCUGUAUACCAUUGAGUUUCAGUUUCACGGUUCUUGGCUUUUUUCACUGGAUGAUGAAGCAACUAGACGUUUAAAGAUAAUCUAGAAAGUAAUUUUAUGAAAAACAAAAAGAAAACUGAAAUAUAUAGAAAGAAAAAAAGAAUAUCACA